UGGUCCCUCCCCUAUACGAAACUCUUUGUGAAAAUCUUGUUGGGACUUUUUUCCUCCCUUUCCCUUAAACGUCAAGUGUAAUUCAUACCAAGGGCUUCGACUCUGAGCUCUCCCUGUUCUUGAAGGUGGAGCAGAUAUGAGAAGAAACGGACUAUCAGCCCAUCCAGCAGAAACCCCAAUGAGAUGAAGUAACUUUUAGACGGUUCUUGCUUAAAUAACAAGCAUCUGUUUGCGGAUUGAACAUCUCCAUCAAUCGAAUGAUAGCAGGGGUCUCUCUGCAAUGGGCCCGGUACCCUUAACGCUCCUGCUUUGCGUCUCAGCACUGGCUGUGCUGGUGUCUGCAGCAGUGGAUGAUCCCACAGGUCAAGAUGACUACACCUGGCCGCAGAGAAAAUUUCCUCUGGUACAAGAAAAGCAAACGGUGCACCUGGGAAGUUCUGAGUUUUUGGCCAAGCCGCAGACUGAGCUCCACGGAAUAUGUGGCAUUGAGUGCCAGCAAGGUUUCCCAGAACCCAGCCUGGACGAUCUGGAGCAGCUACUGUCCUAUGAGACCAUGUACGAAAAUGGAACCCGCACGCUCACCACCGUCACAAUACAGGAGCUAAAUGUGAGUAACGACUGGAUGAGAGGUUCUGGGUUACAUACUCGGCGCAGACGAGAAGUCUACGGCACGGACACACGGUUUACCAUCGCUGACAAGCAGUACUCUUUGAAGUAUCCAUUCUCCACAUCUGUGAAGAUCUCCACGGGGUGUUCUGGAGUGCUUGUGUCCCCCAAACACGUCCUGACUGCGGCUCAUUGCAUCCACAAUGGUACAGACUACCUGGAUGGAGUACAGAAACUCAGCGUUGGUGUGCUGAAAGAACGUUCCCGUCGGAAAGGGAAGGGACGGAAAGGGAAAGGACGGAAAGGGAAAGGGCAGAGGAAGCAUAAGGAAGAGGAGGAGGAUGAGGAAAUCAAUGAAAAUAUAGAGAUUGGAGAGAAGCAGGAGCGUAAGGGAAAAGGCAAAGGCAGGAGAAACCGUAGUCGCCGCAGCAUCACUUCCGAACAGCCCUCGUUCCGAUGGACUCGGGUGAAACAGAUGCAGGUGCCAAAGGGCUGGUUUAAAGGGAUCUCUGGGAACGUUGUGGCCGAUUAUGACUACGCCAUCCUGGAGCUUAAACGGGCACAGAAGACUAAGUACAUGGAUUUAGGUGUUAUCCCCUCCAUCAAGAAGUUGCCUGCAGGACGUAUCCAUUUCUCUGGAUUCGAUGACGACCGGCCAGGCAACCUGGUGUACCGCUUCUGCUCCGUGUCUGAGGAGUCCAAUGACCUGCUGUACCAGUAUUGUGAUGCCAAGCCCGGCUCUAGCGGCUCAGGUGUCUACAUUCGGCUCAAAGAGCCUGGCAAGAAGAAGUGGAAGCGGAAGAUCAUUGGAGUGUUCUCGGGUCACCAAUGGGUGGAUGUUAACGGGAUGCAGCAGGAUUACAACGUGGCCGUGCGAAUCACUCCCCCCAAGUACGCACAAAUCUGCCUCUGGGUCCAUGGGGACUCCAGCCAGUGUCGGGGCACCUGAGAGACUCUGUCAGUGGCCCAUCUGACUGCCUCUGUCCUGGCUCUCAGCAACCCUUGUGCCUCCCAUUUGUGAACUACACAAACUGCUGCAUUCAUCAACACUAAAGACUAUAAUACACCUACCAUUGAACUUUUCCAAGCUAUUUUGAUACCUUAAUUUAUUUUAUUAGACAACUUUUGUUAUGAAUCAGUUAGAGCAAAUGUAUUUCUAGAUUCAGUUGACCUAACGAGAACUAAUUCUGUCCUAAACUGUCAUUUUGAAUUAGAAAAUGUACUUCAGUCAGUGUUGUUUGAUAUGGGAGGCAUUUGUUUUGUCUGGUAAUCUGUCUGGAUACCUUGAAGUAGAAAACUAGAUGACUAGUUGACACAAGAAAAAGAAACUUUUUUUUUUUCUGAGAGAAAAAGCUUUUAAGUUUAUUUGUGGAUUUUACUUUCCUUUUUCUUCUUGAAGAACACAUUUGAGUAUCAAUGUGCUGGUGUUCUUUGAAAUACUUUGUUCUUGUUAUCAUUAUUAAAUGUUUUAAUUGUGUGCUUUUGAUAGCAUAAACUGUAA